AUGGUUUUGGAGGAUUUUGGUAUGGAAGAAGAAAUCAUAGCCGAUUUGGAGUUAAGUUAUCUACCUGCUGAGUUGAUCAAUACUUCAGGAUGUCCACCUGUGAUCAUUGCAAACGAUCGUCAGCUUCAUAAUUUUGUUCGAUUUGGUCAAAAGAGUGCUUCUACUCGAUUGUGUGUCACAUGUAAAGCCAAGGCUGAGAAUCCGAAUAAAGAAGCCUUUGAUCUUAACAAAACGCCAGCUGAUCCAUGUACUCAUGAAGAGAAAGAAAACUUGUUUGACAGUGGGGGCGAACCAGCUCCUGUGUAUGCUGAGACGCAGGGGAAGAAGAAGAAUGAAAAGCGGAAAGGAGUCGCAGUUGACGAGGAUGGGGACUAUGAUGCUGAUACCAUGAUAUCUGAAAAAGAGAACAUACAUAAAAAGUCAAAUUUUUCUCUGCUCCAUGUUGUUAAGGUCGGACAAUUUUUUAAGAACAAAACUUUGUUGAAGGCGACUUUCAAGAUGUGUGCAAUGAAGCAUAACUUUGACUACCAGGUUAUCAAAACGGAUAGACAACUUUGGUAUGUUAGAUGUGCGGAUAAUGCAUGCGAUUGGGGUGUUCGAGCAGAGUGUCUGAAGGAUUCUACAUAUUUCAUGAUCAAGAAGUAUGUCGGUAAACAUACAUGCGCACCUUCAAGCAAAACCAAAGCGGGUAAGACUGCUUCAGCAAAAACUAUAGGCAGUCUGAUUAUGCAUAAGUAUGUAGGCGUCAAGGAAGGGCCGAAAUGUAAUGAUAUCAUACAGAUUAUGCGUAGUGAUCAUGGAUGUGAGAUCUCAAAAUCUUUAGCAUGGGAUGCGCGUGAAUAUGCGAUCAGUGCAGUUAGAGGUAUUCCAGAGAGAAGUUAUGGGAAAAUUCCAAAAUACUUGCACAUGCUGAGAGAGGCUAAUCCAGGUACACACUCAUCCUAUGAGAUUGACGGAAAUGAGAAUUUCCGUUACCUAUUUAUUGCAUUUGCGCAAUCAAUAAGAGGAUUUAACAGAGUCAUGAGACGGGUUAUUGUGAUCGAUGGGACAUUUUUGAAGAAUAAAUACAAAGGAGUUUUACUGGUUGCAACUGCUUUAGACGGAAAUUCAAAUUUGCAUCCUAUUGCGUUUGGAAUAGUCGACUCAGAGAAUGAGCGUUCUUGGGAAUGGUUUAUGAGACAACUUAAGGUUGUCAUUGCAGAUGAUCAUGAUUUGGCUUUUAUUUCAGACAGACAUGGGUCUAUCGCCAAGGCAAUUGAAAACGUGUAUCCAUCAGCCAGACACGGGAUUUGUAUUCAUCAUUUGUUGAAUAAUGUGGUCACAUAUUUCCAUGGGAAAGGACUUGCUGGGUUGGUUUCAAAGGCAUCCAAGGCUUAUCGAGUUUCUGAGUUUGAGAAGACAUUUGCUACUGUGUGUAAUAUCAGUCCGGCAAUUGGAGAUUACCUUAGAGAAGCGGAUGUGCAAAAAUGGGCUAGAUGUCAAUUCCCUGGAUACAGAUACGACAUAAGGACAACCAAUCCUGCUGAAUCUAUCAACUCUGCUUUGCGUUCACCGAGAGAGUAUCCAGUCAUCCCUUUGUUAGACAGUAUCAGGGAAAUGUUGACACGGUGGUUUUAUGAGCGUAAGAAACUGAGUUCAAACCAUAAACAUCCUCUGACCAAAGAUGUAGAGAAGAAGAUAGACAGGAGAAUCGGGAAAGGCUCCACAUUUGUAGUUUACCCUGUCAGUGCUGGUCGAUUGCUUGUUAGAGGUGAUAAAUUCGACUGCUUAGUUGGAACUCAGUAA